AUGCCACUCUCCCGAUCGACAACACCAUUAAACGACCAAAAUGUGUCUUUCAAUGAUUCACAUAGUACAAUUUUACAGAACCAAGUUGAUGAUGCAAGGGUUGAGUCUAACCCUAUCAUUCCCAGGCCCCGCAAAUUUAUUUUAACGAAGUAUACCAUCUAUGUAACAACUUUGAGGAUGUAUAUAGUUGGCAGUAAUACUAGAGAAACAGUAUUUCGAAUUUUGGAAAUUGAUUUGACAAGUACGGAGAAAUUGAUAGUUAUGGAGGAUAACGUUUAUUUUACGAGAAAUGAAAUCAUGGAAGUAUUGAACGGGAUCGAGGACUCCAGUGAAGGUGGACUAGUUAAGAAAUUGACUGCUGUGGGGCUACUUGGGUUUAUCAGAUUUACAAAAUGCUACUACUUACUUGUUGUUAAGAAGCGAAGAGAAGUUGCAGUGUUGGGAUCUCACGAAAUAUACCAUAUUGAAGAUACUCAACUAAUUUCCGUGACAAACAAUCCAAAAGAAGUAGAGAAAAGUCCGCUGGAAACCAGGUACAUUCAAACUUUCCAAAAUAUCGAUCUAAAUAAAACAUUUUACUUUAGUUAUAGUUAUGAUUUGACCAAUAAUCUACAAACUAACAUGCUGAGAAACAAACGUCAAUCGUUGCAUAUGAAUGGAGACACUGAACUUUCUUACGUAUUUGAAUUCAAUGAAAGGUUCAUAUGGAAUGGUGCACUACUUGAACCGAUAUUUCAAACGUUUGAUAAAGUAUACGAUUGGUUUCAACCUAUAAUUCACGGCUUUGUUGACCAAGUGAAGAAUUCAGUUUUUCAAAUUCAAUUUUAUAUCACUCUUAUUGCACGAAGAUCACACCGUUAUGCAGGCGCUAGGUUUUUCAAAAGGGGUGUGAACGAUGAAGGUGAUGUUGCCAAUGAAGUUGAAACGGAGCAAAUAGUAGCAGAUAUGUUGACAUCAUCAUUUCAUGAUCCGGCUGCUGGUUUUUACAACAAUCCAAGAUACACAUCAUUUGUCCAGCACCGUGGAUCUAUCCCGUUACAAUGGUCUCAAGAAACAGUACCGAAUUUGAGGAUGACUAAACCACCGAUCGAACUGAGUGUAAUCGAUCCCUACUUUUCCAGGGCUGCCUUACAUUUUAAUAACCUAUUUGAGCGAUAUGGGACACCUAUUCAAAUUCUUAAUUUGAUCAAAGAACGUGAAAAGACACCACGUGAGACAAAACUAUUAGAUGCCUUUAACCAAUGUGUUGAUUAUUUGAAUCAGUUUUUGCCAGAAAAUAAAAAACUUGACUACACUGCAUGGGAUAUGUCACGUGCAGCCAAAUCAAGAAGUCAAGAUGUUAUCAAGUGGUUGGAGAACUAUUCAGAACGAUCGUUGAAUACAACGGGUUUUUUCCACAACGGAAGAACAAUUCAUGAUACCCAGCUUCAACAAGGAAUUUGUCGUACGAAUUGUGUUGAUUGCCUAGACCGAACAAACACCGCCCAAUUUGUUAUUGGGAAACGUGCACUUGGUCAUCAACUUCAUGCCUUGGGUAUAAUUGAGGAGAACUACUUAGAGUAUGACAGUGAUGUCACCAACGUACUUACGGAAAUGUUCCACGACCAUGGAGACACUAUAGCUCUACAAUAUGGCGGAUCCCACUUGGUGAAUACUUUGCAAACCUAUAGGAAAAUAAACCAAUGGUCUUCACAUUCAAGGGAUAUGAUAGAGUCUAUAAAGAGAUUUUAUAGCAAUUCGUUUGUGGACGCCCAGCGUCAAGAUGCAAUCAACCUUUUUUUGGGGAAUUAUGUUUAUUCACCGGAACAGCCAAUGCUAUGGGAGAUGAAUACUGACUAUUAUUUACAUAACCGAAGAAUAACUUCAGAACUUAAUGGCACAAAUUCUUAUACACAUUGGUUCAAUGAUAACUUCCUUGUUGACAGAAAACAACAUGAGAAUGAAGAAUGGGAAAGAAAUGUGCCUGACCGAACAAUCUUAGAGUUGCAAAAGAGAGGAUUGCUAGUGAUAAAAGUCGACCCUUAUCCCGGAUGCUUUGAAAAUUACUGGAACAUUAAGUAUGGUUAUCGCAAUUACGUUUCUUUGAAUGAGCUAUUUGAGUUUACUAUGAACUCAACAAGGCAAUAUUCAUACCCCAACGACCAAAAGCAUAAUUAUUACAAGCAAGCACUCGGUGAAAAUGAAAACAAGAAAGAGAAAACUUCAAUUGGAUCGUCCAAUCCGACAAGACUUGGGAUUAUUUCGUUAUUCAAAGGGAGAAACAAUUGCAAUAACGGGAAAACCAGUAGUGAGCUACCCAGAAGAAGCAAAUUUGGAAGCUUUAGUGAGAGAUUACGUGGCACAUCACCUAGAUUAAUCUUUGAUCCAGAGUAUGAAGAUGACAAUUAUUUUUCACCAUUCAAAUCUCGCAAACCUCAUAGAGAACUUCGUAUUCUAUAUGCCACGCAAGGGCAAGAAGAUGCUGUUGCAGGAGAUUCUUUAUCCGAAGAUGAAGAAGAUCUACUGUUAGAGAAGUAUGCAAGUCUUAGGAAAGUUUACAUAGAAAAUGACCAAGAAAAACAACUAAUGUUUGAAGAAUGUACUUUGCUAUUGCAUUCUUUGGAGUUAUUGAGUAAAACAGAGAAAUAUUAUGAAAUAAUAAAGAAAAGUUUUGAUGAUCAUUAUCGUGGUAUGCAGGACAAAGGGGAAGAGGGGUUCAUAUCUUUUCCUGUAAUCAAAUCUACGAUCAACGAAGAAACAUUUUCAGGUAUGUUGCUUGAGAAGUUAGAAAACAACGAAAAAGAGAAGAAACUCGAUAACAUAUCAGUUUUUAAGCAAGAGACUAACGUAGAUGAGUCUCUUUCUGUCUUUGAAAGGGACUUACCAGAUUUAUCAAAGCUCUCCGGACUUUUCAGAAAUCAUUGCGUGGAUUUACCAAAAGUCAGCAAUGAAAAUAUCGAGCUCUACAAUCAGUCCCUUGGAAUCAACUCCAAAAUUCCAGUUGUAGGAUUAGAAAAGCUUGCUUCUACUACUAUGGAUGAAGAUCCGCUCCCGAAGAGCAAAGAAAACGAUGUGAAAAAGAACUAUUAUCGACAGCUGAUACAGGAGUAUAAGUAUUUAGAGAAUCCAUUUCUUAACAUGAGUGAUUCAAAGAAAUACAGACAUCAAGUUAAACUUCUUAAGGAGACCCACCAGUCAAAACAUGCCCGAGAUGUUUCGUUCUUCAAUGCAAGUCACUACGAACAAAAUGCACUUGCUUUAAACCAUUCAAAUGACUCCACCCCUAAUCUCGGGAGUAACAGUUUGUCAGCCAUUUCUGAUGCUCAUGAUUUUUACCACUAUACCAGCUUUUCCAGAAUUGGCAACAACCCACUUAAAGAAAAUGUUGGAGGACUGCAAAAUUAG